AGCUUUACAUUCCAAAUAAGAAACCAGUGAAACAUUAUAUAUAUUAUAGAAUCAAACUCCCAUCUUAUUCAUAGACCAAAAAAAUAAAAGUUAAAUAAUAAAAAACCCCCCAAUUUUCCGACACUAACAUAUAUCCUAGUAGAGCCCUAAAAAAUGGAGGAAGUAGAAGUUAUCAUAGUUGGAGCCGGCCCUGCUGGUGUGGCAACUUCUGCAUGCCUAAACCGUCUGAAAAUCACGAACUUAGUGCUUGAGAAAGAAGAUUGCUGUGGUUCUCUUUGGAAGAAAAGGGCAUAUGACCGUCUCAAACUUCACUUGGCAAAGCAAUUUUGCGAGCUUCCCUAUAUGCCUUACCCUCAAGGUACCGCUAAAUACAUCCCGAGAAAUGGCUUUAUCCAAUAUUUGGAUAACUACGUAUCUCAUUUUGGGAUAAGCCCCAGAUAUCACCGUGAGGUGCAGUCUGCUUUCUAUGAUUCGAAGAUGGAGAAAUGGUGUGUGAUGGCGAAGAACACCACGUCGAAUGUGCAAGAAGUUUACUGUGGCAAGUUCCUUGUGGUGGCAACGGGUGAGAAUAGUGAAGGCUAUAUUCCUAAGAUUAGAGGAUUGGAUACCUUCAAAGGGGAUUUCAUGCAUUCAAGCUUGUAUGAAAAUGGUAAGGCGUUUAGAGAUAAGGAAGUCUUGGUUAUUGGCAGUGGCAAUUCUGGCAUGGAGAUUGCUUAUGACUUGACCAACCACAAAGCAAAGACCUCCAUUUGUGCUCGUAGCCCGGUUCAUGUUCUCACAAAGGAAAUUGUGUUCAUAGGCAUGUUUCUUCUGACAUCCGGCUUUCCGUUAUUGUUAGUUGACAUAAUUGUUGUGAUUCUAAGCAUGUUGAGGCAUGGCAAUUUAUCCAAAUAUGGGUUUCAAAGGCCAAGAAAAGGACCGUUUUAUAUUAAGCAAAUAACUGGUCGAACCCCCACUAUUGAUGUUGGCUGUGUAGACAAGAUCAAAACAGGAGAAGUCAAGGUUUUCCCAUCAAUAGAUGGCAUAGAAGGAAACCAAAUCAAAUUCGAGAAUGGCAUGGUGAAUCACUUCGAUGCUAUAAUCUUUGCUACUGGCUAUAAAAGCACUGUGAAUUGCUGGCUAAAGGAUGAAAACAUAUUCUUUAAUGAAAAUGGAAUGCCCAAACCAAAAUUCCCAAAUCACUGGAAAGGGGAAAAUGGACUUUACUCGGCUGGAUUCUCAGGCAGAGGCCUAUUUGGCGUUUCAAAUGAUGCACAAAAUAUAGCCAAUGAUAUUUUCUUUGCUCUCAACAAACGCAAGAGAAGAAUUUAACUGAAGAAUCAGCGUUUUAUAUAACUAGUAGAUGGUGUUUGCUUUUCUUCUUAGCUUUAUUAUGAGUCUAUUCCUUUUUAUCCUCGGAAAGUCGACAAGUUGCCAGCUGGGUGACUGGGUCUCAGGGACUCAUUUAUGAAUAUAAAACAGUACAGAAAGA